CUUUCCACUGUUCAGCCUGUGGUUGAUGGGUUUCCUCUCACAGUCCAAUGAUAAGCAUAAAUCGGUGUCUCUGCUUUCGGUCCAAUACAGAGAGAGGUAUUCGGCCCCUCAUGACAUUGUACUGGACGACAGGUUUAUGAAUGUUAAGUUAUAUAUAACUUUUUUCCCCAUAAAAAUACCUACACACCUUCUAUACUAACGGCAAAUUUGUAAUUUUGUAUGCAUCUUUUUAUGUUUUUUUAAACAGCAAGAUUUCCUUUUUCUUUUCAAAAUUGAAAUUGAAUUGCGAUUUCAAGGAGGCGCGCGCGCGCGCACACACACACACACACACACACGUACACACACAUUCCACCUGCUCACCUGUCCCUUUCUGUCUAACGGGACUGCCCCCCACCCGUCCCUGGCCAGCACGCAGGCGUGGUGAAUCGUGCCGCAGGCAGGGGGCGGCAACAUGGCGGAGAGAGUGGUUUAGCCUUCAGAACAACAUUAGCUUAGUGACUUCACCACUGUCAUUACUGGCUGACACCUAGAACGAAUUAAAUUUUAAGAUAAAGUGCUGUUUCUUACACCAUUCUAAAUACGACACUGCCUGGAUACGUAUGCAUUUCUAUGCAUACAUGGGCGAGAGUGUGGAUUUCAUUUGAAAGGAGAAUUAUCCUUAUAAUAUUCGAGAAUUUUCUUUUCCCCCCUUUUCCUUGAUGCUUUUGUACAGCCGGUCGUGAUAUUAAGUAGGUGCUGUCGCUCCGUCGGAUUCCGGUGGAAAUGUCAAGCGAGAAGUCCAUUUCUGUACCGGGUUCGGUUUCUCUGGACCGAGAACCUCCACCUAAUCAUGGGCAACAGGGGGCUACUGGCUCCGGUGUCCGUGAGAUGAUGGUGUCUGGGUCAGGCUCGAUGGUUCUGCCCGCCGGGAUGAUCAAUCCCUCGGUUCCGAUCCGGAAUAUCAAGAUGAAAUUCGCCGUCCUCAUCGGUCUGAUCCAAGUCGGCGAGGUCAGCAACAGGGACAUCGUCGAGACGGUUCUGAACCUGCUGGUGGGUGGCGAGUUCGACCUGGAGACCAACUUUAUCAUCCAGGAUGAGGAGAGCAUCGGCUGCAUGGUGGAGCUCCUGGAGCACUGCGACCUGCCCUGUCAGGCUGAGAUGUGGAGCAUGUUCACGGCCAUCCUGCGCAAAAGCGUGCGCAACCUGCAGACCAGCACCGAGGUGGGCCUCAUCCAGCAGGUGCUGACCAGGAUGGGCGCUGUUGACGACAUGAUUGCAGAUCUGCUGGUGGACAUGCUAGGGGUGCUGGCCAGCUACAGCAUCACCGUCAAGGAGCUGAAGCUGCUUUUCAGCAUGCUGAGGGGAGACAAUGGUGUCUGGCCGAGGCACGCGGUGAAGUUACUGUCGGUGCUCAAUCAGAUGCCCCAGAGGCACGGCCCAGACACCUUCUUUAACUUCCCAGGACGCAGUGCAGCCGCCAUCGCUCUUCCUCCCAUCGCCAAGUGGCCUUACCAGAAUGGAUUCACUCUCAACACCUGGUUUCGCAUGGACCCGCUCAACAACAUCAACGUGGACAAGGACAAGCCUUAUCUCUACUGCUUCCGGACCAGCAAAGGAAUCGGGUACUCUGCCCAUUUUGUGGGCAACUGCCUGAUAGUGACAUCCUUGAAAUCGAAGGGCAAAGGUUUCCAGCACUGUGUGAAAUACGACUUCCAGCCACGGAAGUGGUACAUGAUCAGCAUCGUCCACAUCUACAACCGCUGGAGGAACAGCGAGAUCCGCUGCUAUGUUAACGGCCAGCUGGUCUCCUAUGGUGAUAUGGCCUGGCACGUCAACACUAACGAUAGUUACGACAAAUGCUUCCUGGGCUCAUCGGAGACAGCAGAUGCCAAUCGAGUCUUCUGCGGCCAGCUGGGGGCUAUCUACGUGUUCAGCGAGGCGCUCAACCCGGCCCAGAUCUUCGCCAUACACCAGCUGGGGCCUGGCUACAAGAGCACCUUCAAGUUCAAGUCUGAGAGCGACCUGCACCUAGCCGAGCACCACAAACAGGUACUGUACGACGGAAAGCUGGCCAGCAGCAUCUGCUUCACCUACAACGCCAAGGCCACCGACGCCCAGCUCUGCCUGGAGUCAUCGCCCAAGGAGAAUCCCUCCAUCUUUGUGCACUCGCCCCAUGCCCUCAUGCUGCAGGAUGUGAAAGCCAUCGUGACACACUCCAUCCACAGUGCCAUCCACUCCAUCGGUGGCAUCCAGGUGCUCUUCCCACUAUUUGCUCAGCUGGACUACCGCCAGCAGAAUGACAGCCAGGUGGAGACCAUGGUCUGUGCCACGCUCCUCGCCUUCCUGGUGGAACUUCUGAAGAGCUCCGUGGCCAUGCAGGAGCAGAUGCUGGGGGGGAAGGGCUUCCUGGUCAUCGGGUACCUCUUGGAGAAGUCGUCCAGGGUCCACAUCACCAGAGCUGUGCUGGAGCAGUUCCUCUCCUUUGCCAAGUACCUGGAUGGCCUGACCCACGGCGCACCUUUACUCAAGCAGCUCUGCGACCACAUCCUGUUCAACGCGGCCAUCUGGAUCCACACCCCGGCCAAGGUUCAGCUCUCCCUCUACACAUACCUGUCAGCAGAGUUCAUCGGCACGGCAACCAUCUACAGCACCAUCCGACGUGUCGGUACUGUGCUGCAGCUCAUGCACACGCUCAAGUUCUACUACUGGGUGCUGAAUCCCAUGGAGAGCAGUGGCAUCACGCCCAAGGGUCUGGAUGGACCCCGUCCUUCACAGAAGGAGAUUAUUUCCCUGCGAGCUUUCAUGCUCCUCUUUCUGAAGCAGCUUAUCCUCAAGGAUCGUGGCGUGAAGGAGGACGAGCUGCAGAGUGUACUUAACUACCUGCUAACGAUGCAUGAGGAUGAGAACAUCCACGACGUGCUACAACUACUGGUCGCCCUCAUGUCCGAGCAUCCCGCCUCCAUGAUCCCCGCUUUCGACCAGAGGAACGGCAUACGGGUCAUCUACAAACUGCUGGCCUCCAAAAGCGAGAGCAUCCGGGUUCAAGCUCUUAAAGUCCUAGGCUACUUCCUCAAGCACUUGGGGCACAAGAGAAAGGUGGAGAUAAUGCACACCCACAGCCUGUUCACUCUGCUGGGCGAGCGGCUGAUGUUGCACACCAACACGGUCACCAUCACCACCUACAACACACUCUACGAGAUCCUUACAGAACAGGUCUGCACACAGGUGGUGCACAAACCCCAUCCAGAACCAGACUCUACUGUUAAGAUCCAGAAUCCAAUGAUCCUGAAGGUCGUGGCUACCUUGAUGAAGAACUCCUCCCCCAGUGCCGAAUUGAUGGAGGUCCGUCGCCUCUUUCUGUCCGACAUGAUCAAGCUGUUCAGCAACAGCCGGGAGAAUCGGCGGUGCCUCCUCCAGUGCUCCGUCUGGCAAGACUGGAUGUUCUCGCUUGGCUACAUCAACCCCAAGAACCCUGAGGAGCAGAAGAUCACGGAGAUGGUGUACAACAUCUUCCGCAUCCUGCUGUACCACGCCAUCAAAUACGAAUGGGGCGGCUGGCGCGUCUGGGUGGACACGCUGUCGAUAGCGCACUCCAAGGUGACAUAUGAGGCUCACAAGGAGUACUUGGCCAAGAUGUAUGAGGAGUACCAGCGGCAGGAGGAGGAGAACAUCAAGAAAGGCAAGAAGGGCCUAGUCAGCACCAUUUCUGGCCUGUCUGCUUCGGGCAUCAAGGGCGCCAUCGAGAUCCGCGAGAUCGAUGACAACUCACAGACGCAGACGCCCGAGAGCGAGGCCGACUACCCUGAGAGCGCCGACUCGCGCCACCUACUGGUGGACUCCAAGGAGCCGGAUGAGCUUGCAGGUGGCGAGCGGCCUGCGGGCGGGGUGAGGGUGGAGGUGCAUGACCUGCUGGUGGACAUCAAGGCAGAGAAGGUGGAGGCCACAGAGGUGAAGCUAGACGACUUGGACCUGUCCCCGGAGGUGCUAGGUCUAACGGAGAACGGGCCGCUGGUGGAGGUGGACUCUCUGCUGGACAAUGUGUACUGCGCCACUGUGGGCAACCUGGGCGGCGUCCUGGUGUCCAAGGAGAGUGGCGAGGACAAGAAUACCGGGCCGCUCAUCACCCUGGCUGACGAAAAGGACAGCGUCCCUGGCGACAGCGGCUUUCUGUUUGGCAAGGUGGGCGGCGGCCCAGACAACAAGCUUCUUGGGCAUCUGACCUCUGCCCAGAGGCUCGUGCUGUCCGGCCCAGAGACCCCGGUCAUUUCCAGCAGCAGCGCCGAUGACCUGGGCCUGCUGGCCCGCAUGACAGGCAGCUCCGACCUGCCAUCUGCUCCCAACCUCUUGGAGGACACUGAGUUCAAACUGCACGCAGUCCUGGAGGACCUCAACCCCAUGGUGGAGCCUGAUGCCAUCCCCAAGGUUACUGACUAUACCACCGGGGGUGCUAUGGGGACAGAGGGGGAUGCAUCUGCCACGAAAAGCGGGGGCGCCGUGGAUGCGGGCAGCACCAACUCAGACACCGAGAGGUCCGAUGACGGCAAGGAUAAAGAGACUAAAAAGAUCCAGACCACAGCGACCACUCAGACUCUGCAUGGGCGGACGUCCAGCCACAUGGAGCGGGACCUGCGUGUGGACCUAGGUUUCAGGGGCAUGCCCAUGACGGAGGAGCAGCGGCGCCAGUUCAGCCCAGGCCCACGGACUACCAUGUUUCGCAUCCCAGAGUUCAAAUGGUCACCCAUGCACCAGCGACUGCUGACCGACCUGCUCUUUGCCCUGGAGACUGAUGUCCACGUCUGGAGGAGUCACUCGACCAAGUCAGUCAUGGACUUCGUGAACAGCAAUGAAAACAUCAUCUUUGUCCACAACACAAUUCACCUCAUCUCUCAGAUGGUGGACAACAUAAUCAUUGCUUGUGGUGGAAUACUUCCUCUCCUGUCAGCAGCCACCUCGCCCUCUGGUUCAAAGACGGAGCUGGAGAACUUGGAGGCCACGCAGGGCAUGUCCUCAGAGACAGCCGUGACCUUCCUCAGCCGCCUGAUGGCCAUGGUGGAUGUGCUGGUGUUCGCUAGCUCCCUCAACUUCAGCGAGAUAGAAGCUGAGAAGAACAUGUCCUCUGGGGGCCUAAUGCGGCAGUGCCUGAGGCUGGUGUGCUGUGUGGCUGUGAAAAACUGCCUGGAGUGCCGGCAGCGGCAGAGGGACAGGACUGUGAAGCCGUCCCUCCCCAGCAGCAAGGCCCCAGACAAUCUGCAGAGCUCCACAGUGGCCGGCAAGACUUCCCUAGAGAAUGUCUCCAGUAACAUCUCUCCCAUCAAGGACCCUGACAGACUUCUGCAGGACGUGGACAUCAACCGCUUGCGUGCUGUUGUUUUCCGCGAUGUGGACGACAGCAAGCAGGCACAGUUCCUGGCCCUGGCUGUCGUCUAUUUCAUCUCUGUCCUCAUGGUGUCCAAGUACCGGGACAUCCUGGAGCCGCAGAGGGAGACGGCCAGGGUGGGUAGCCAGCUGGUACGGAACAUCCGGCAGGAGAUCAACUCCCCAACCAGCAAAGAGAACCCCACCUGCUUUUCUGAGAGCACAAAGGAGCAGCCCAUGCCCGAGGAGGACGUGUCAGCCGAGGGCUCACUGCCGCACACGGAUUCAGGCCUCGGCGAGGAACACAUGUCUGGGGUGCUGAACGGGACCGACCCGGAGGUGGGGGUCCUGCUUUGUGGCCUCCCAGCCGAGGCGCAGCACUCCCAUGAGAGCCUGGCUGAGCCGGCCGCCAUCACCAUGGCCACCGCCUCCGCAACUGAGGCCCUCAGGCCUGCUGCCUCCAUCUCCAGCAUCUCCCAGGCCAACAAGGGCAUCAACGUGAAGGAGAUUCUGAAGAGCCUGGUAGCAGCCCCUGUGGAGGGCCUUGAGGCAGGCCCCGAGCCCCUGCCCUAUCCGGACCCCGCCGUGAAGAGGGAGGCGCAGGCUGCCCUCCCCAUGCAGUUCCACUCCUUCGACAGGAGUGUUGUGGUGCCCGUGAAGAAGCCCCCCCCAGGGACCCUCUCGGUGAACACAACGGGAAACUCGGGGGCGUCGGCAGCAGCCUCCAUGGCGCUGGCUGCGGGGAGCACACCCAACAUCUUCGCUGCCGCCUCCACCGCCACCUCCACCUCCUCCGCUACGCCCAAGAGCAUGAUCAACACCACGGGAGCGACAGAUUCUGCCUCCUCUUCCUCCUCCUCAUCCUCUAGUUUCGUCAACGGUGCCACCAGUAAGAACCUGCCAGCGGUACAGACGGUGGCCCCCAUGCCAGAGGACACCAUGGAAAACAUGAGCAUCACCACCAAGCUAGAACGCGCCCUGGAGAAGGUGGCCCCACUAUUAAGGGAGAUCUUCGUGGACUUCGCACCCUUCCUGUCGCGUACUCUGCUGGGCAGCCACGGCCAGGAGCUGCUCAUUGAAGGUCUGGUGUGCAUGAAGUCCAGCACGUCUGUGGUGGAGCUGGUCAUGCUUCUCUGCUCACAGGAGUGGCAGAACUCGAUCCAGAAGAAUGCAGGCCUUGCCUUCAUCGAGCUCAUCAAUGAGGGCAGACUCCUGUGCCAUGCCAUGAAGGACCACAUUGUGCGCGUGGCCAAUGAGGCCGAGUUCAUCCUGAAUCGGCAGCGUGCCGAGGACGUGCACAAGCACGCCGAGUUUGAGUCGAACUGUGCCCAGUAUGCGGCGGACAGGAAGGAGGAGGAGAAGAUGUGUGAGCACCUGAUCAGCGCCGCCAAGCACCGGGACCAUGUGACGGCCAAUCAGCUGAAGCAGAAGAUCCUCAACAUCCUGACCAACAAGCAUGGGGCUUGGGGGACCAUGUCGCAGAGCCAGCUACAUGACUUCUGGCGCCUGGAUUACUGGGAGGACGACCUACGAAGGCGACGGAGGUUCGUGCGCAACGCAUUCGGCUCCACCCACGCGGACGUGCUGCUUAAGGACCUGGAGGAAUAUGGCACAGAGGAAGACGAGGCGGUGAAGUCCAGGAAGGCAUUGCGCAGCCAGGCGAUGGUGACCCAGAGCCCCGAGAUGGAGCUCAUGCUGGAGGGGGAUGACGACGCCGUCAGUCUGCUGCAGGAGAAGGAGAUGGACAGCCUGGCCGGCCCCGUGGUGCUGAGCACGCCGGCCCAAUUGAUAGCCCCGGUCGUCGUCGCGCGCGGUACCCUCUCCAUCACAACCUCUGAGAUCUACUUUGAGGUGGACGAAGAUGACCCCGCCUUCAAGAAGAUCAACGCCAAGGUCUUAGCGUACUCUGAGGGCCUGCAUGGGAAAUGGAUGUUCAGCGAGAUCCGGGCAGUCUUCUCCAGGCGUUACCUGUUGCAGAACACGGGCCUGGAGAUCUUCAUGGCCAACAGAACUUCGGUUAUGUUCAACUUCCCCGAUCAGGCCACGGUUAAGAAGGUGGUCUACGGUUUGCCGAGGGUGGGGGUGGGAACCAGCUAUGGAUUGCCACAGGCCAGACGCAUCUCCCUGGCCACCCCGCGGCAGCUCUUCAAGUCCUCCAACAUGACCCAGCGCUGGCAGAGGCGCGAGAUCUCCAACUUCGAGUACCUCAUGUUCCUCAACACCAUCGCAGGGAGGACAUACAAUGACCUUAAUCAAUACCCCGUCUUCCCCUGGGUCCUCACCAACUACGAGUCCGAGGAGCUGGACCUCACUUUGCCGGGCAACUUCCGGGACCUAUCCAAGCCAAUCGGAGCUCUGAACCCGAAGAGGGCCGUCUUCUUUGCCGAGCGCUAUGAGAGCUGGGAGGACGAGCAGACCCCCCCCUGCCACUACACCUCGCACUACUCCACAGCCAUCUGCACCCUGUCCUGGCUCGUUAGGAUAGAACCCUUCACCACAUUCUUCCUGAAUGCAAACAGCAACAAGUUUGACCACCCUGACCGCACAUUUUCGUCCAUCACCCGCUCCUGGAGGAACUGCCAGCGGGACACCUCUGAUGUCAAGGAGCUCAUCCCAGAGUUCUACUACCUGCCCGAGAUGUUUGUCAACACCAACAAGUACAGUCUGGGCGUGCGGGACGACAGGGUGUCCGUGUGUGACGUGGACCUGCCCCCCUGGGCCAAGAAACCCGAGGACUUCGUCCGCAUCAACAGGAUGGCCCUGGAGAGCGAGUUUGUGUCGUGUCAGCUGCACCAGUGGAUUGACCUUAUUUUCGGCUACAAGCAGCGGGGGCCGGAGGCAGUGCGCGCCCUCAACGUCUUUCACUACCUGACAUACGAGGGCACCGUCAACCUGGACAGCAUCAGCGACCCCGUACUGAGAGAGCUCCCUGACCCAUAUUUCAUUAGGGACUCAAACACUUUCCUCCUGAAACCCUCCUUCAUCAAGGCCAUGGAGGCCCAGAUCCAGGGCUUUGGACAGACGCCAUCGCAGUUACUUAUAGAGCCGCAUCCGCCACGCAGCUCCGCCAUGCACCUGUGUUUCCUUCCACAGAGCGCCCUCAUGUUCAAGGACCAGAUGCAGCAGGAUGUCAUCAUGGUGCUCAAGUUCCCGUCCAACUCGCCUGUCACCCACGUAGCGGCCAACACGCUGCCUCACCUGGCCAUCCCUGCCGUUGUCACCGUCACCUGCAGCCGCCUCUUCGCUGUCAACCGCUGGCACAACACCGUGGGCCUCCGAGGAGCCCCGGGGUACUCACUGGAGCAGGCCCAUCACUUGCCUAUUGAGAUGGACCCCUUGAUUGCCAAUAACUCUGGGAUGAACAAAAGGCAGAUCACAGACCUGGUGGACCAGAGCAUCCAGAUCAACACCCACUGUUUCGUGGUGACGGCUGACAACCGCUACAUCCUGGUGUGCGGCUUCUGGGACAAGAGCUUCCGCGUCUACUCCAGUGAAACGGGCAAGCUGACUCAGAUCGUGUUUGGCCACUGGGAUGUGGUGACGUGUCUGGCCCGGUCCGAGUCCUACAUCGGGGGCGACUGCUACAUCGUGUCCGGCUCGCGGGACGCCACACUGCUGCUGUGGUACUGGAGCGGGCGGCACCACAUCAUCGGGGAUAAUCCUAAUAACAGCGACUAUCCGGCCCCCCGCGCUGUCCUCACCGGCCACGACCACGAGGUGGUCUGCGUAUCCGUCUGUGCUGAGCUGGGCCUCGUCAUCAGUGGGACCAAAGAGGGGCCCUGUUUGGUACACACCAUCACUGGGGACCUGCUGAGAGCCCUCGAGGGCCCCGAACUCUGCCUGCGGCCCCGCCUCAUCUCCGUGUCCAGUGAGGGCCACUGCAUCAUCUACUACGAACGAGGCCGUUUCUGCAACUUCAGCAUAAACGGCAAGCUUCUGGCACAGAUGGAGGUCAACGACUCCACUCGAGCCAUCCUCCUGAGCAGCGAUGGGCAGAACCUGGUGACGGGUGGCGACAACGGAGUGGUGGAGGUGUGGCAGGCCUGUGACUUUAAGCAGCUGUACAUUUACCCCGGCUGCGACGCUGGCAUCCGCGCCAUGGACCUGUCACAUGAUCAGAGGACUCUCAUUACGGGCAUGGCGUCCGGUAGCAUCGUUGCCUUCAACAUCGACUUCAACAGGUGGCACUACGAGCACCAGAACAGGUACUGAGCCGGGCAGCUGGACAGGGGGGGCGGAGCGUGUCGUGUCCUGCUUCCUCCCAGGUGACCGUGGGUCCCACAUGCCAGGAAGCAGAGGACACCAGUGGAAAGGACAUGUUAUCAGAGGCCGAAAGAGAGAGAUUCUGGUUUGUCUGCCUCUUCCACAAGCGUUCCGCAUCACCCAGCAGCAGCGGUCAGCCACGCUAGUCAGGACGCUUCCGUUUUCGUCCCUCACUUUCAUUCCCUGGGCACCUGCCGACCAACAUGUGUCACAUGACCCGCGGUUCAUGUUUCUACGGAGAGCUUCAAUAGCAAGACGUGGACCGUCUCUGUGGACGUCCUAGGGCCUACAAAGCAAUGCCAGAAUGAAAACGGCAGAUUAGCAUUGUAGCUAAUAUUUGGUUAUAAAGUUUUUCAAAUCUCAAACAUCAGGAAUUUCUGAUAAGCUUCUAUGUCUUUUCAUACCUCUGGUCAUUUCAAACUGUGUAGUAAAUAACAGGCGAAUAAAGUUUUGAUGUUUAAAAUCAGAUGACAAAAGAAGCAUUGUUCCAUUGUAAGAUAAUGAAUAUUCUGAAAUAAUUAAGCUAUUGUAGUAAGAAUGGGAAGGUAGUUAGGAAUGAUAUAUGUUUCUUACGCAGUGGCACUGUGUUCGCUCUGUAAAUGUGUGAUUUUGCAGAAAUGCUGCAUUUUGACAGCCAAAUCUGCUAAACAUAUUUAAAUAUGUGAUGAACUCUCAACUAUAAGCCCAUUUAAGAAUUCACAAUACUGACCUUUUUGAAUUUGGUCCAUCUGCCUCAGAUGACCAGUGAUUCACUUACACCUUGCAAUGAAGUAAUUAACUCGCAUCCUGGUAGACAAGAAGAAACAGGCGGAGUCCUGUUAAUAUUCAUUUUAGUAAUUUUUGUUUUCUAUUGUAGCAAGAUCAGCGUAGGCUGUCCGGCAUAAACCGCAUUUGUGUCUCCCGAGGACAAUUUCAGACUGUCUCGGCAACUGCUUAUUUAUUCUUAAAUAAUUUUGUGUGUAAACUUACGAGAAAUUAUUUUAAAAAAUGUUCGCCUUUUGUAAAUAUGGAGACCCUCGUCACAGUUGUACAUAAUGUAUUGGUUUGGAAUAUUCGGCAUGAAAAGGAAAGGCUGUUUUCCCAUAAAAUGAAAAUGCAGAAUUUCUUACUCGUCGUUAUAUUUUUGGACUGGAAGCAUCAUGCGGAAAUGACUGUAAUGAGCGUAAAGCUAGCAGCUGGGGCACAGUAAGCUGUAUCACAUGUCAGCCACCUGAACGGAGGUCGUCAGGAGAGCCGAUUUGAGCGAGGACUCGCGCACGGAAACGCCACGUGACGUUCAAAAUCCUACCAUAAUCGCGGCCAUGUUCUAUUGUUUAAAGGUGUUUUAAAAACUCACAAAAAAUGUAUGUAAAAUUUUGCAAUUAGCCCUUUGAUUUACUAUUCAGCUGUGUUGGGAUGCUGCCCGAACGGGAAACGCAGCUUUGCAGGUUGAGAAGAUGGAGGCUCUGGGAUAAUAUCCUGUUUUUUUUUGUUUUUUGUUCCUUGUUUCUUCUCUGUUUAUUUGAAAAACGUUUUCCGUAUGGAAAUAGAAAGAAGUAGAUUUGGAAAUAUUAUUUUAGAGCGUAUUUUAAUAUUUUGACGUCCCAUAUUAUGUGGAGAAAUAUGUAUUUGGAGAAAAUAUGGGGAUAAAAAAAUCGAAUAUAUUUUGGGACAAAUGUAGAACAAUUUUAUUUUUCGAUCUGGUAAAUAAUUGAACAUUGCAGGAAUGAUAGAUGAUGGAAUAUGUUUAAUUUCUCUGAAAUAUAUUAUUUAAAUCCCAUAUGAUUUU